UCUUUUCCUUUUCGACCGCGACGGGUAAAAAACCACAUGUCUUGCUCGGUAUCCGAGAAUUUGUAAAAUUAUGCUGCAUAGUGCUGUUAAAACAUAAACAAGUGCUUCGUGUCAAAUAGUAACUGAAUAAUAUUGCAAUUUGUGACAAUCUGUGUGUAAUAAUUCCAUUCGAGCCAAUUCGUAACCAACAAAAAACGUUCUAACUACCAACCCACCAGCGCGUGAGUGAGCGAGCGAGAGCGAUUGAUUACGAGUGCGAAGAGUACGGAAACCGCAAAGCAAAGCAUACGAAAUAAAAACAACAACAACAACAACAGCAGCAAAGCAUACGUGAAACGUUAGCAAAGCAACGAGCAAAGCAAAAAGUCGAAUUGUGUAUUAAAUUUUGUUGUUGCUACCGUGUUGUUUUCGUCUACCUGCCGUCACGAUACACGUACACACAUAUUGUGAUUUAAGUUCUAGUUACAGCAGCUCGUUUGUUCGAACUCGUUGAUAUAAUUAUUGUCUGGCAAGGAAGCACCAAAGAGUUUCCCCAUCCAUCAAAAAGAACGACCGAAGAGCAACCGCAGCCGAGCCGCAAUCUGGAGUAGCGCAACGAGAGCUGCCUACUCAGAGAAUAGCAGCAGUAGCAGCAGCAGCAGCACAAGCAGUAGGAACAACAAGAUUCAACAUGUCCAGCAGCAGCAGCAAGGAUGAUGCCUCUGCAUCGAAUGCCGGCGCCGCUGCCGUUGCCGUUGCAGCUGCCACAGCCAAUGCUGCAACUGCAUCAUAUGCGAAUGUUGUCCAGAAUCUGGAUAGCAAGAAGGCAGUUGCUGCAGUCGCCGCCGCCGAUGCUGUGGACAACAAGGAGAAUCAACCGAAUUUGAAAACUCUCAAAUCGUGGAGUGAGGAAACCGCUGCCGCUGAGGCCGCCGUCGAGGAUUUGCCCAAUGUGGGCGAGAAACGUGCCGCCGCUGGCGGCGACAAUACUGCUGAGAAUUCAUCUGAAUUGGACGACAAUAAUGACUUUCUGCCGGUGCUAUCAUCGCAUCAUCGGCGUGACCGUAAAAAGGCACGCAAGGAUAAGCCGACAACGCGCGAAUUUCGUGACAAGCAGCAACCGCCAGCUGCUGGCAGUGGCCCUGGUCCGGUUCAGGGUCAGGGACAGGGUCAGGGCCAGAAACUGGCGCCUGGUCGGCGUCCGCCCGGCGGCAACGAAGCCGACGGCCGCAAGCAAUUGGGACGUCCCCGAGCGCCACGCGGCAACAGUCCACGUAAACUGACGGCUGUGCCGGGCACCAGCGGCAAUGGCAACGGCAACGGCAAUGGCAAGACCCAAAAGGAACGCAAGGCUGAUACCUCACCCUGCGCCAGUCUGGAGGCUAGCAACAACAGUGGCAACGAGGCCAAAUCCGGCGAUCCCGAUGCCCAGACAGUCGCCUCGACUGCAGCAGCGCCAGCUGCGCCCCAGCCAAAACGCUUCGUUGCAGCGCCGCCGCCAAAGGUUAACGCCUGGAAGAUAUCAACAAAACAAGUGGGCAGCCCAAAAGCUGGCAGCUCGCCAUUGGACAAACGCGUCUUGCAACCAAAGGUGCAACAACAACAGCAGCAGCAGCAGCAGCAAUCGAAACAGACUGUCGGCAGCAACAAUAAUAAUAAUAAUAAUACCAAUCAGGGCGCACAAAACAGCAACAAAAAGACACAGCAGCAGCAGCAGCAACAACAACAACAACAACAACAACAGCAAGCAGCGACACAGCCUACAAUAAAAACCACAACAACAACAACAACAGCAGCAGGAGCAGCAGCAACAGCAACAGCAACAACAAGCGUCGCCGCUUCAACGAAUGUUGAUGCCACUAUUGCGGAUGCGCUUGCCAGUGCAGUGGUAAAGGACAAAAAGAAGGUCAAUCAAAAGGCUAGCGAUUUUAGCAACGUUGGUGAGUGGCCCACGCUUAUCGGAGGGGUUUCGGCCAGUGGCAAAGCCACCGUUAACGAACCCAAACGUAGCUCAACAAAGAAACAGGCAGUGGCCAAAGGAACAUCGACCGCUACAACAACCCAACCCGCAGCAACAGUAAACACAGCAUCAGCAGCCACAGGAGCUGCCACAAAAGAAGGCAGCGCAGAGCCAAGCGUUGCCCCAGUUUCCAGCAGCACCAGCAGCAAUAGCAGCCAAGCUAAUAACGCCAGCACAGCCAGCACGAGUCAUGAUGCCAAAAGCCAGCGAGACGCCGAGCAAUCCACUGGCAGCGCAACUGUCCCAGCUGCUGGCGCCCUUGCCGGAGCUGCCAUUAACAAGAAAAUACCCAAGCACAAGUGGCGUCCGCUGCAAAUCGAUCUGGCCAAGUCUAGCCGUCCCAAGCCUAUUGGCGGCCGGCCCAAUCGCCGGUUCAGCGAUGAUGCGUACGAGCAGCGGCGCCCGCCACGUGCAUACAAUGAGCGCGGCGUCCCAGCAGGCGCCAGAGGUGCUGAGGGCCAGUCAGGAGGCACAACUGAAUCGCGGCCACAUGGUGGCCGCUAUGCGUACAACGCACGCACGUCUGCUGCGCCCGAGCGCGUGGAUUCCUGGCGUAGCAGCGGCCCCAGUGCCGCUGUCUACGAUGAGCAGCGCUCAGGCACAGGAGCAGAAGGAGCAGCAAGUGUCGCGUCAGCGCCAGGGGCUGGCGGGUUGCGUGGCCCACGCCGCUUCCGGACGCCGUAUCGGGGCGGCCGGCAGGGGCGCGGUGGAUUCACAAGACCGGGACCAGGUCGUCCAACUAAUCGCAUACCACGCCAUCUGUUAGCUUCCGGCGAGUACGUCAACUAUUUGCCGGCGGACGCAGCCGGCGCAGAUUCCUCGCAAUCCUAUGUCCUCAUGGGCACACACUAUUUCGGCAAUGUGCCGGCUGCCUACAUUGAAAUGGACGCCACUAGCGUCAAGGAGGCCAUCAAGAAGCAAGUUGAAUACUAUUUUAGCGCCGAUAAUCUCACAGGCGACUUCUUUUUGCGCCGCAAAAUGGACCCAGAGGGUUAUAUACCGGUCACCCUGAUCGCCUCGUUCCAUCGCGUCCUGGCGCUUACAACAGAUGUGGCAUUAAUUGUCAACGCCAUUAAGGACUCGGACAAGCUGGAUCUGUUUGAGGGCUAUAAGGUCCGCACAAAGACAACGCCCACCAUUUGGCCCAUCAGCGAUGCCCUUGACGCCAAGGGUCAGCUACUCACUGAUAAUGCGGACAAGUCGCAGUUGCAGGAUCAGGAACAGCAACAGCAGUCAGAGAAGCAGGUGGAGAAGCCAGAUAAGCAGACUGAAUCGGUAACAGAGGCUGUGAUGCCGGAGGUACCAUUGCCAUCAUCGCCACCACCAGCCAUAUUGACCUCAGCUAUGGCCACGAAGCCAUUGAGCAGCAUACCGCCGCCGCCGGUGCCGCGUAAUUCGCAGAAUCUGGUGCCAAAAAUGCUGCUGGAGAAGCAGCGACCCACAAUGUCGGGCAUGAACUCGGUGAAUGCCAUCAGUGCACUUACCCAGCGCGUGGAGGGGGUUGGUGGCCAGAAGGCUGGUGUUGGUGCUGCGGCUGAGCUAGCCGAUCAUCUGAGCGGUCUGGCCGAGAGUGUCAAGCCAAAGGGCAGCUCGACGCCGGAGAAGCGAACGACGGCAUUGGCAGCUGGGACUGUUGAAGGUGAUGGGGUAGCAGCUGCUUUGGUGGCAGAGCCUGAGGGCAUGUGGAAAGAGGUAAAGAGACGCUCCAAAACAAACGCUUUAAAAGAAAACGCUACUAAAUCUAUCAACAACAACAACAACAACACGUCCACGACAACACAACAGCAAACGCUUUCACAAACGCUCAAAAACAAUAACAAUAACAAUGUCAAAAAUGUCAAACCCAAUAAAAACAACAACAACAACAACAACAACCACACUGUUACCGCAAACGCCACCACGACCACGUCAAUGUCCACCACGUCCAAGUCCUCGUCUGCAUCCAACGCCACAUCCAACGCCUCAUCAGCCAGCAACACAUCCAUCGCUGCCUCUGUUACCACCAACGCCACAACCACCACCACCACCUCCUCCACUGCCACAAAAAUCAACAAUAAGAAAUCAUCUUCUGGCAACGCUGCUUACACGACCAACUCCCAAUCCUCCUCCAAAACAGCUGCUGCUGCGCCAUCCGCUCAGUGCCAUGCCGAAAAGGAAGAACUAGACUUUCAAUUUGACGAGGAGCUAAUGGACCCCAUACCCGCCACUGGACGCAUCAACAACUUUACCGAAAACUUUGACGACGACGACGAAUCUGAUUACGAAUUUGCUGACCGCGACAUCAACAAGCUGCUCAUUGUCGCCCAGGUGGGACGUGCGCCCAAACAUGAUGGCUAUGAUCGCACCGCUGAUUACACCUCUCGCACGAAAAUCACACAGGAUUUGGAGAACAUAAUCAAUGAUGGGCUGGCCAACUAUGAAGAGGAUUUGUGGACUACCACCAAUGUGGUGCCCAACAAUGACUAUCGCACCGUCAAUGUCAUUUCUCAGGCGGACUUUGAGAAGCUAGCGGUCAGCAAGAGAACAGCAAACCAGCUGCAAGCGCAAAAGCAACCGCCACCGCCGCCGCCAAGCUAUGUGGACGAACCGGAACAUGAUGCCGAUAGCACUCUAGUGGAUGCUGAUGCAACGCUCAAUUCCACACUGAACUCCACGUUGAAGUCUCGCCGUGCGCGCUUCUAUGCCGCACCAAAUUCGCAUUCAAUUGAUCCGCGCACACCAAGAAAACGCAAAUUGCGUCACACCGCCAAUCCGCCAGUCGAAGCCCACGUGGGUUGGCUCUUGGACACCGUUGAACAUCGACCUCGUACCACCUCGAUGGGUUCAUCGACGGGCACAUCGCCCACCACAUCGUCCUAUGGUUCAUUUGGAUCAUCAGUGCCGCAAUCGUUGCCCGUUUUCCAGCAUCCAUCGCAUGCGCUGCUCAAGGAGAACAACUUUACACAGCAGGCAUAUCACAAGUAUCAUUCACGCUGCCUGAAGGAGCGUCGUCGCCUCGGCUAUGGCCAAUCGCAGGAAAUGAACACCCUCUAUCGGUUCUGGUCCUUCUUCCUGCGCGAGAACUUUAACAAGAGCAUGUACAAUGAGUUCCGUGCUCUGGCGCUGGAGGAUGCGGGCAACGGUUUCCGCUAUGGUCUGGAGUGCCUAUUCCGUUUCUUUUCGUACGGCCUGGAAAAGAAGUUCCGCCCGAAUGUCUAUCAGGACUUCCAGGACGAGACUAUUGCCGAUUAUGAGACAGGUCAACUUUAUGGCCUGGAGAAGUUCUGGGCCUUCCUAAAGUACUAUAAGAACGGCGAGAAAUUGGAAGUGCAGCCCAAGUUGGCCGAAUAUUUGAAGAGCUUCAAGAAUAUUGAGGACUUCCGCGUUGUGGAGCCAGAGAUCAAUGAAAUGCUACAGGGAGUUGGCAGCCUGACUCCCGGUCGUCAGCUCAACAGACUGCGCAGCGUUUCCGAAAGCGACGGCACCGCUGUGAUCACCGCCGGUGGUCGUCGUCUGAAUACCACAAUCACCAAUCGCAGUGAUUAUGUGGGUCGCCUGCUGCAGCAACAGCAUCAACAGCAACAGCAGCAGCAGCAACAACAACAGCAUCAUCAACAUCAGCAUCAGCCAGGCAGCGGCUAUGGCGGCUAUGGUCAGCAGCAGAAUCGUCGACGCACUGGCUCCUUUGGCAGCAGCACUGUGCGCAUUCGCAGCGGCUCUCUAGGCAAUAAGCCACAGGUGGCAAAUCGCAAUUAUCAGCAGGGCUCACAGCACGAGCUGCGCCGCGGCGGUAGCAAUUCCGGUCUGGCGCCACACAAGCAGCGCCAACAGCAGCAGCAACAGCAGCAGCAGCAACAACAACAACAACAGCAACAGCACAAGGCAAAGCAACAGGUAGCCUCACAGAUCGGAGCACAGUUAAGUGCAGCACGCGCCAGCAACUCCACUACAGGGCCGGUAGCAGCAGCACCCACCUCGUCGUCAGCGUUGGCGGCAACAGCAGCUGGAGUGUCAACUUCCUCCUCGUCAUCGUCAAAGAAGUAAUUCGCAAUAACGCAGCCACACAUAUGAAUUAAGAUUAAUUAUGACUUACAAUUAGCUUGGAGCUUGGAUUUGGAUCUUCUGUGUCCAACUGCUCUUCUCUCUUUUGUUUAUUCUUAUUAUUCUUUAUUUUUUUUUUAGUAGUAUUCGAGUGAAGCGUUAUGUGGGGACAUCCGUUAGCGUUAGCCUAAUUAAGUUAAAUUUGAAAUUUGUUUAUUGCAAUUGCUUCGAGUUGGUUUAGUAGUUAUGAAUAAUUGUUUAUAUUGUUUUUCUCUCUUUCUCCCACAUCUAACUGAAACGAUUGCUUAUGAAAUGCUCAAUGUUUGUUGUUAGUACACAUUCACAUCCACACAAACACAAAGACCACACCCACAACAACAACAACAACAACUAAAACCACACAUAUUCAUAUACACAGGCAAUCUGUGCUCUGUGCCCAGUGCCAAUCAGCUAUGAACUAAAUUAUCUUCAAUUUUCAUACAAAA